CCAGAGCUUAAACUUGGAGAAAUUUCAGGGUACUACAUCAUCCAAAGGAGGAGUCCGUGAUGGAGGCAGAGGUAAACUUGAAGAGGACAGGAAGAUGCCACCCAAGCGUGUGGCUAAGAAAAGGUCACCCCCAGAAGAUGCUCUCCCCAAAAGCAAGAAAGUGAAGGACCCUCGUAACCAGGCAGUGAGGGCCGGUGCUUCCCACCGCGUUCCAGGCGCCCGCUACACCCGAGGUGCCUGCAGGCCGAGCCCUGCCAACCAGAAAACCCGACCAGUCUCACAUAGGUCCCACCGCACAGAACCGGGCUUGGUGCUGACACUGGGCCAGGGUGACGUGGGCCAGUUGGGGCUGGGCGAGAAUGUGAUGGAGAGGAAGAAGCCAGCCCUAGUAACCAUUCCGGAAGACAUUGUACAGGCUGAGGCUGGGGGCAUGCACACCGUGUGUCUAAGCAAAAGUGGCCAGGUCUACUCCUUUGGCUGCAAUGAUGAGGGUGCCCUGGGAAGAGACACAUCAGUGGAGGGCUCAGAGAUGGUUCCUGGGAAAGUGGAACUGCAAGAGAAAGUGGUACAAGCGUCAGCAGGAGACAGUCACACAGCGGCGCUCACCGAGGAUGGCCGCGUCUUCCUCUGGGGCUCCUUCCGGGACAAUAAUGGUGUGAUUGGGCUCUUGGAGCCCAUGAAGAAGAGCAUGGUACCUGUGCAAGUGCAGCUGAGUGCGCCUGUGGUGAAGGUGGCCUCGGGAAACGACCACUUGGUGAUGCUGACAGCUGAUGGUGACCUCUACACUUUGGGCUGCGGGGAGCAGGGCCAGCUGGGCCGUGUCCCUGAAUUAUUUGCCAAUCGUGGUGGCCGGCAGGGCCUUGAACGACUCCUGGUCCCCAAGUGUGUGAUGUUGAAAUCCAGGGGAACGGGUCAUGUGAAAUUCCAGGAUGCCUUCUGUGGCACCUACUUCACCUUUGCCAUCUCCCUUGAGGGCCAUGUGUAUGGCUUUGGCCUUUCAAACUACCAUCAACUUGGAACCUCAGGCACAGAAUCUUGCUUUGUACCCCAGAACUUGACAUCCUUCAAGAACUCUACCAAGUCCUGGGUGGGCUUCUCUGGUGGCCAGCACCAUACAGUCUGCAUGGAUUCAGAAGGAAAAGCAUACAGCCUGGGCCGGGCUGAGUACGGGAGGCUGGGCCUGGGAGAGGGUGCCGAGGAGAAGAGCAUGCCCACCCUCAUCUCCAGGCUGCCCAUCGUCUCCUCCGUGGCUUGUGGGGCCUCUGUGGGAUAUGCCGUGACCAAGGAUGGUCGUGUUUUUGCCUGGGGCAUGGGCACCAACUACCAGCUGGGCACGGGACAGGAGGAGGAUGCCUGGAUCCCCGUGGAGAUGACAGGCAAACAGCUGGAGAACCGCCUGGUUCUAUCUGUGUCCAGCGGGGGCCAGCACACAGUCUUACUAGUCAGGGACAAGCAACAGAGCUGAUGAAGCUUCUAGGGCCUGGCUCCCGGCCCCCCCUCCCUCCUGGAACACAGAAGCUGUGAUGACUACAGACUCCAGCAGGCCUUCCCCAGCCCCAAGUACUUUGUCAUCACCUGCCUUUUUUCCCAUCCAUGGGACAGAAUCACUUUCCUCUUUUUUAUUCCUCCUUUCUGGAAUUAGCCUGUAACCUAUAGGAUGGAGAGGGCGGAAUGGAAGAGGGGAGUGGGUUUUGUUGGAAUGUUUGAUUCCCACACCCUGAGGAGUUGGGGCUCCGUCAAGCCCUACUCUAGUCAUGUGCCACUCUUAUGUCCUUCACAAUCCACAGGCAGACCAAUGGUACAGUUGUCGGACCCAGCUGUCAUGCACCUAUGCCUGGGGGAAACUGGAGAAGGGGCAGGGCUACCAGCCAUGGGCAAGCCCAAGCCAAAUAUUUGGCCCUGAACAGGUGUCCAAAGGGGCAAAUAAAGAGUGAUCCUCUACUUGAUCAAGAAAAAGGCCAAUCAGCUUUUCUCCCAGAAGCACAAGUGUUCUGUCCUGCACUGCCCAUCCACCUGCCUCACCUGCCUGAAGUCUGGACAGGAAGCUGGCCUGUGGAGCAGGACAUGGGGGCGAGGGAAGGAGGGUAUUAUAAACAAACAGCAAUAUCGAGAGUGAAGGGAGGGCAGGGAAGAGGGUUGGAUGGGCAGAGACUGGUUCCCAGAAAGGGAAGCAGAAGCUUGUACCGUGUCUGAGAAAAUAGCAAGCAGGUUUUUUUUUUUAAUGUAAAGUAUUUUAGAAGAGAGAGUGAAAUCUUUUAACAUUUUGAAUAAAUUUAGAGUUUUAUAAAACAGGCCACUUGUUUUCUACACAUUCCCUGCUUUUUUAAGGGAACAUCUGCUGUGUUGGGAAGGGCAGGAUAAACCCACACCUGUGGACUUUGUCAAGACUAGGACUUAAGGUGAUGUCAAGAUGUCCUGAUGUGUGCCUGUCAGCUGUGACUGUUCCAUACAAAUCAAAAAAGAUUUUAUUUUUGCUUAGGUAUUUAUGUUUCAGGAAUCACUGUAUUUAAAAAAUUUAUGCUGCAUAAUAUGAGAGACAGAAUGGUUCUUUCAACAUCCUAAUCCCAAAUCAAGAUGGUACAUCUCUACAAAUACUUUUACUAAGCUUGCUGUUUUAUCAUUUUCAACAGCUCAUGUAAUUGAUAAAACAUGAUUAACUGCACAGUAACUCCUAAGACAACUUAUUCAUAUUGAUGUAGAUUUUCACAGGCAUUUGAGCAAACAAAAUCAUAGAGCUGGCCUGUCUAAUAUGAUGGUCACUAGCUACAUGUAGCCAUUUACAUUUAAAUCAAUUAAAAUGUGUAAAAAUUUUAAAUUAACUUCCUUUUUGCACUAGCCACGUUUCAAGUCCUCAAUAAUUACAUGUGGUUAGUGCCUAUGGUAUUGGGCUAUAGAACGUUUCUAUAAUUUCAGAAAGCUGCAAUGAAUAUUGUUGAUACAGCAGGUCUGUAUAUGAAUAAGAAGACAUUUUUAUUAGGGCCAGGAGGAUUUUUCUUGGAUGUCAAUGACUCUUGGAAAAAUGAAUAUAAUGUAAAAUAACAAAA